UUGUGACGUCUCUUUCCAGAAUGAGUUGGCCUUGAGAUGUUAGUUCUUCAAUUUAUAUCUAUGGCUGAAGAAUUGUAAAGGAAUAUUAACCGUUUCUAAUGAAAGGCUCUCUUUAGUGAAGCUCAAGCAAAGCACAAACACCGAAAGGAAGGUUAGGAAUUUUGUGAUUUCUUUCAGGGUCGAAGUGAGAGGUUACGUAUGUUUACAUACUACAGUCCUGUAUUUAGAAACAUUAUGCAAACGUGCACGUUAUACACACCUCUAAAAAGAGUUGCAGUCAAGACAGAAAUGGAGUGGGGCAUAUCGCAUACUGAAGCUCAACUUUUGAAUGCAUCGAGAGCAAUUGUUCCAUCUAUGAGGCAUGACUUGUACAAAGGGAAAGCUGGCCGCAUAGGCGUUAUCGGUGGCUCGUUCGAGUAUACAGGCGCUCCGUAUUUUUCUGCUAUUUCUGCCUUGAGGGUUGGCUGUGAUCUUUCGCAUGUGUUCUGCCCACGAGACGCGGCGCCUGUUAUCAAGUCUUACAGUCCUGAGCUGAUCGUACAUCCAGUCCUGGAUGAUGGGAAUGCUUUGGAACUCAUAAAACCCUGGUUGCCACGACUCCAUGUGUUGGUUAUUGGCCCAGGUCUUGGGCGGGACCCGUCGAUUCUGGAGACCGUCUGCGACAUAAUACAGUUUUGCCGAGACGAAGCAGAAUAUGGGAAACAGCUUGUAAUUGACGCAGAUGGUUUAUUCAUGGUUACACAGAACCCGGAAAUAAUUCGAAAUUAUCCGAGAGGUGUUAUAUUAACGCCGAAUGCCAUAGAAUUCAGCAGACUUGCUAAAUCUGUAUUGGACAAAGAAUGGGAACCUACACCAAACCCUGACCCUGAACGUGUAAAGGCGUUGGCGGUGGCGCUGGGAACUAAUAUUGUGGUGUUACAUAAAGGUGCUGCUGACGUGAUUUCUGAUGGCGUCACUGUGGUCACGUGUGUGUCAGGCGGUUCUGGUAGGCGCUGUGGCGGUCAAGGUGAUCUGCUAUCGGGGAGUCUAGGUACAUUCUAUUGCUGGGCUGGCCUCAGAACUGCCCGUGACACAUCGGAACAAGUCCUUCCUUUUCCGCCACCGAUUGUUGCCGCGUACGCAGCAGCACGCCUUACAAGGGAGUGCAACCAACGAGCCGUGACCAAGGCGGGCCGCAGUACUCUCACAACAGAUAUGCUGGAAGAGAUACACUCUGCGUUCGAGGCUCUUUUUGAAAACUAAUCAGUUGUCAAUGAUGCAGAGACAGAUGAAUGGAAUUGUGUGGAAUUUAGAAGAAACAUUCGUUGUUGGCUGCAUAGUGUUGCCAUCUGUCGGCCAACAACGAAUACUACUUCCAAAUUCCAUGUACCUCUUUCCCAUUCAGACGAUGCAUUUAAAAUUUGUAUGCAUUUGCAAAUAAAUUGUUCUCCCUGUAAAAAAAGUGAAUCUGCAAAUCCAAUCAUUAUUAGCAUUUAUACGUGUUUGUUUACAAUAUAAGAAGCAUAUAUUUUGGAAGAUUGACAAUGCAUAAUUUCAUAUUGCACAAAUUUCUUCUAGCUGUACAAAUGUUGUGUUAUUAAUGUAAUAUUUUUUUGUAAUGAAAGUUUCUAAUGCAUCAAUAAAAUGCAGUGUAGCUCAUGAGUUAUCA